AUGUGGCACGUGGAACCCCGCCUCGUCCAGACCAACCUGGCCGGCCCCAGCCCUGGCCGGGGCAUCGCCCUCGGGGACCAGACCCGCUGGAAGAGGGCCGGCUCUAGCUACCUUCAGCAGAGCAACCUGCAGCCCCGGGCCAGCAUGCCUCCCCAGAGGGCCCAGCAAAGCAACCUGGACCCAGGAGAGGCCUGCUUGGCCAGGAGUGGCCACCCUAUCAGCUUUGACCCCCACACUCUGCCCUGGGGAAGCCCCUUUUGCCACAGCAGGCAGCUGACCUGCCUACCCUCUGGCCAAAGGCAGUCUUGGCCACUGCCCCCCCACACCCUACACCCAGCCUUCAAGCCCCCUGUAGGUUUCAUCCCUGGAGCUGGGUACCCGUGGCCAAGUCCCAGCCCCUGGCGAGCCCUGGGCCAAUGGACCUCAGGGCCCGUGGAUGAGCCCCUGGCCCUGGAGGACCUGGUGGUCUCUACCCAGGUCCAGGCUCAGACCCGGUGCCAUGCUGAGGUUCACCAUUUGGUGGCCUCUGUGGGACGCCUGGAGCACGAGGCAGCCCGACUCAGGCACUGGGCAUCCCAGGAACUCCUAGCAGUCCCUACCCGCCGCCAGCCCAGCCUGCCUGCUCCUGCCUGCCGGGACAAUCGGGAAAAGACACUGGGAGCCCAGGCCAGCAGCCAGCCAGCAUCACCGAAGACUGAUUCUGGGGUGACUGAGCAAGGUGUUGUUCCUAUCCACCCCCUAAGCCAGGGAGAGGACUGCUCGGUGGGGCUUGCAGAUGGUGGAGAGAAGAGGGGGUUCGCUAGUCUCCCAAGAGGGGCCGGGCUCUGUUCUCCCACCGACUCCAGGGCAGCCUGGGGCAUCGUGGUGCCUGGGCGGAAAGGAGGGGCCCGCAGGAAGGAGCCGAGGACAGCUUCCUCCUGUCAGCCGGACAUCACCCCACAGAACAAGGCCCCAAACGCUGAGACUCUGCAGGUCAAGACAGCCUGGCGGCGGCUGCUGUCCAGAUGUUUCAGAGCCUGGUGGCACAUGGCCCAGAGGCGACGGGCAGUGGCGGCCGUGGAGGCUUUGUGCCGACGACAGCUGUUGAGAAAGGGCCUGCGGGCGCUGCGCUGGGCCUGGCACGUCCGGGAGGCGCAGCUGGAGGCCGCCUGGGGGCGGCACUCAAAGGUCCUGCUGGCCCGGAGCUUCCAAGAGUGGAGAGGACAGGCUUCCCGGGAGAAGCAGGGCGGGCCCCACAUCCCAGCUGGGCCAGGGUCCACCGUCUCUGAGGAAGGCUGGAGCCAAGGCCCCUCCUCGGGGAGGAAGGCAGCAGGGGACACGGUCCCGAGCAGCAGUCCAGGGAGCCUGAGGACGGAGGAGGGAGGUCAGCACAUGGGGCUGAGCCGGGAUGGCAGAGACGGGGGCGUCCAGCUCCUGCAGGCCCUGCAACAACUGGCUGUCUUCCUCCUGUGGUGCCAUCAGAAGGGGCUGGCCACGCAGGAGAGGGCAGCCCAGGGGGAAGCUGCCCAGGUCCCAGCCUGGACUCCGGAGGCAGGACAGCACCUCCAGGCCUGGCAAGCUCAUGCUGCAGCUCCGCCCAGAGUGGUUGCGCUGCAGACCCCGCGGCAGAGAGCCUGGCUCCACAGGUGCUUUGGGGCCUGGCAGCGGUUUGUGCAAAGAGGAGCCUGCUGCCGGGACCUCCAGGCUGACCGCCGGGUGGGGACCUUGAACACGUGUCUACAACAGUGGGUGCAGAUGAAGCAGCUCCAGGUCUCAGAUGGGGUGAAGGUCACUCGACUGCUCUUCUGCCGGCAGAAGGCAAGGGCCGCAGCCCUUCGCAACCCAGCGCCUGGAGAAACCCCUGCUCAGGCCCCAGGGGUGAGGGCCGGGGCCCAGGUCCAGGGGCAGCGCCUGGAGCAAGGCCGGGGCUCUCCGCAGGAAGCCUGCCGCCUGCUGGCCCUCCACCGUGUGCUGCUGCUGUGGACGACACAGCUCUCCCUGCGCCAGCAGGCCAGGGACCCUGCCCUUCUGGAGACCCUCCAGGUGGCCUUUCUGCGGGCAGCAGGGCAGCGGCAGCAGAGGCAGUGCCUUUUGUUCUGGCAGGCACAGAGCCAGCAGACCCGGGGUGCGGCGAGGUGGUACCAGCUCACCCUCCAGAGGCGCGUGUUACUCAGCUGGAGCCACUGGACAACAGCCCAAGGGGCCCGCAGAGAGCGGGCAGCCCACUGGAACUGGGCCUGGAGCUGCAGAGCCGCGCUGGGUGUGUGGCGGUGGCGGUGGGCACAGUGGCAGCUGGCCAAGCAGUGGGCCCAGGACCGGAACCAGCGGCUGCUACAGGCCGCCCUGCAGCACUGGCACGCCUGCUGGCAGAGACAUCAGGUUCUGCAUGAAAAGUACCAGGCCUGGGCUCAGGUCCAGUUUCAGGGCCUACAGAGGACUGUGUUCUGGGGAUGGCGGCUGGCAGCAGCUCAGCAGAGACACCUGGUGACCAAGCAAGAGCAGCUCCUACUGCACAGCCAUUUCCAGGGCUGGCGAGGGCUAGUGAGAAAGGUUGGGGUGCUCCGGGCCCAGUGCCUAGCCUUCCAGGACAGCCAGAUGAGAAGGGUGCUGCGGACCAUGUUUGGCGUGUGGCAGGAAGCCCUGGUGGCGGCAGCCCAGGCCCAGGGGCAGCGCGAGGCUGAGGCGUGCCAGCAGCUGCGGCGGGCCUGGGCCCAGCGUGCCUUUGCAGUAUGGCGUGGAGCCCUGGACCUACGCCACAAGGCCCACCAGCUGGCAGAAGAGAGUGCCCAUACCCGGGUGACUCUGUGCUGGAUGCUGUGGGUACGGGCAUCCCAACUGCACCAGGUCAGCCGAGCCCAUGCUGCCCGCAAGCUAAGUGCCCGGGUCCUAGGGGCCUGGGCUCAAGCAGUGGUCCAGGCCCAUGUCCAGCUCCAACAGGCUGGGUCCAGGCUGCUCCUGCGGACCUACUGGGCCCUGUGGCAGACAGCACUGCUCAGAGUGCGCCCGGAAGCCCCGGCUGAGGCCAAGGAGGUCAGCAUUGUUCACCAGAUGCAUUGCCCAACACUGGCCAGCAGAGGGAGGCCCCUCCUGCUGGCGGAGGCCCCUGCCAUCCCGCAGGCCUCAGUGCUCGGACUGCCUGGGUCAGCCCAGAACCUUCUCAGCAGCCAGAGAGAGAGGACAGGGCCGCAGUGGGCUCAAGGCACUGCUUCGCCAGUUCCAGGGCUCCCAGCAGGCCAGGUGCCUGGCAGCCGCAUGGCAGCACUGGGUACAGGCUCACAGGACAGAGCAGCUGGCACAGGCCCUGCUCAGGUGCAGGCACCUGGACCGGGCCUGGGGCACGUGGCGGCGGCGGGUCCUGCAGCUGAGGGUGGUGCUGCGCUUCCUGCAACAGGAAGACACUGCCAUCCUUUCCCAGGCCUUUGAGAAGUGGCACCAGCGCCUGGCAGCCAGGGGCUGGGGACAUGGAGCCCACAGCAGUCGGG